UGGUGUUGCCAUAGAAACCCAGAAAGCGUCAUGGCUGCCGCCGGCGGGAAGAAACAGUAUUUGACAUUGCCGGCGGCAGCCCUCUCCAAGUCAUCGUCAUUUUCGCCACAGCCAGCAACUCCUAUCCGAGGGAAGCCUAAGAAGUGUCUGGUCUAUCCGCAUCCCCCGAAGAGCUCCCGCCUGUCUCGCUCCGUCCUGCGCUGGCUCCAGAGUCUGGAUCUCAGCUUCUUUCCCAGGAACGUCAACAGGGAUUUUUCAAACGGCUUUCUGAUCGCAGAAAUACUUAGUAUAUAUUACCCCUGGGAACUUACACUAUCAUCCUUUGAAAAUGGAACCUCUUUAAAAGUCAAGCUGGAUAACUGGGCACAGCUGGAGAAGUUCCUGGCCAAAAAAAAACUGAAAUUACCCAAAGAACUAAUCCAUGGAACAAUACAUUGUAAAGCCGGAGUACCUGAAAUACUAAUGCAAGAGGUUUAUACUUUAUUAACACAUCGCGAAAUUAAAAGCAUCCAGGAUGACUUGGUGAAUUUCACAGACUACAGUUACCAGAUGCAUUUACCCCUGGUUCCCAGAUCUACCGCUUCCAAGUCUAUUAAAGAUAACAUUAGGUUGUCAGAAUUACUAAGCAAUCCCAACAAGCUCAGCAAUGACCUUAAAGUAGAGUUCCUCUUCCUUUUACAUAUGUUGCAAAGAAAAUUAAGUAGAAAAUUAAAUCCAGAAUGGUUUGGCAUCAGACCCACAGUGGGAGAAAUUACUCUCAAUCAUCUUCCUGCCCAAUCCUCUGGGUGCAGGUUUAAGGCCAAGGUGCCAAGGGGAAAAGCUGCCCCUAUUUCAGAAAAUGAUCGUAAUGGUGCCAGUUCGCAUAGAGAAAUUCAUGUGAAGCAAGGUGGAAUCCAUUCCUGUGAUUCUGUUGUGGAACCUACCCCAAGCAUGGAAAAUAAACCUUGA